GUUUCUUGCCGAUUCGUAGAACUGUGAUAUUGACCCGUGUCUUGCCAACGUUGUUAUACUGUUAUGGGUUUGGUGGACCAUGGUCCUUUCUCAGUAUCACCAGAGCCUCUUGAAGUCGACCCAACCACGCUCGCAAUUCGGGAGCACAUAGAGAACGUCGUCGAAAAAUUAAUCAACGGACAACUUGAUAACGCUGCCGUCGGACGGAUCUUCCAGGAUCCUCUGUAUGAUGGAUUGUUCCUUAAGUAUGUCGGACCGCUUGCGGAGUCUCUGGCAGAUUUGGGAGUUGCAAUUCAACUCGCGCUCGCUGGCGAACCUGGAGAUGUUCCUAGCUCUGCUCAUGCUGGUGUGCAAAUAUUGAUAGAGGAGCUUGAAUUGGAAUGCCGACGCAUUCCCUUAUUCAAGUAUGUUGGGGAAUCGUUGCCUGAUGACUUCGCUUCACAGACCUACGAAGAAAUAUUGGCUCAGGCUAUCUUGAACCAGGUGGUACUUGAGCGUCAGUGUGCUCUUGGUCUUCGAUCUCCAAGUCGCACCAGGGAUUCUCAGGUCCAAACUGACGGGGAAUUGGAUUCUUUAGAUGAAGGCUUCUUUCGUGCUGACGAGACGAUCCUCCUCGCAUUGACCACCAUAGUCAUAUCGGCCUUGAUUUACCAAGUGGGCUUGUUGUUGCAAGCCGAAGACGUGGUGCAUUCCCUGGUCGCUAAUUGGGACUCUACGCAUCGUACCCGUGUGUCUGCUAACCGAUUACAUCGUUGCGUAGGACGCAGUUUCAAGCGAACGACCCAAAAGGCCGUGUCCACGGAGGAUGACGGGUCCUCGUCGGUUUCCACGUCGAACGGAUGUCCACGGUGUUCGUCUUCCGCUGACACGUCCACCUCGGAAUUUCUCAUCGAAGAGAAAACAGAAGAGGUCACGGUGACAGUGGAAGACAAUGACUCGGACGACAGUUCCUCUGGAGUUUGUAAGUCCGGAGACGAUGACUGGUCAAGUUGUGGAAGUAAAACGAGUCGUGGACGAAGCGUGCGGGUUCCUUUCCCUGAAUAUGGAUUAGACAUCGUGGAAGAAACUUCAGAGCUUGGUUCUGAUUCGGACGGCACGACGUACAAGUGCAUGAACCACGAAUCCUGGGAAGAAAACUGGUUAUUCCAGCGUCAGCGUUCCAUGGGAAAACUUUGGGGUGACGACAAUGUGUCGAUGCUUAUCCCGAAUCCGAAUUCCAACGCAGUCCCGCGCAUCGGCGACAAAGACGUGGACGAACUCUCUGAACUAUCCGAACACAUUUCCAUCGGUUCCAUCGAUUACUCUUCUACAUCCAGUGACGAAUUUGAGAGUGAACACGCUCGCGACACGAAAACGAAAGCUGCGGAUUUCGGACAGAAGGAUUCGGAAUACACUGAAGAUUACGCGGCUUACGUCAACCGAAGACCGAAGUUUGAAGAGUCUGAUGACGAGCAUGAAAAAGUUGGAGAAGUGCUUGAGCUUAAUGUGUGUGUUGAGAGGCAGUCGAAUGAAGCGAUAAAUCCCCGAGUAUUCCGGUUGAACGGACGGGAAUCGCGAGUCAUUUCCGAGAGCCAUGAAGCGACUCCUGCUGUUGAAAUCCGGAAGGAAGAAGGGCUAUUUGUGCAACCGACUCUGAGAAGGGAACCUCCGGAAGGGCUCCGAGUCUCCCUGUCACCCGCCACGUUGAGCCUUCAUGCGGGAAAAGCUCUCAAACUUCGGUGUUGCAUAGAAGGAGCCAAACCUGAAAGAGUUAUCUGGUUCCACAAUGGAGAGCCGUUGAUUGCGGGAGAGCAAGUGAAGAUAUGCUGUUCCCGUUCCGGGGAAUCGUCCGAGUUGCAUCAGCUGCACAUUUUCAACACCGGGGUCCAGGAUGCCGGCACCUAUUCGAUCGUGGCUGUGUGUGCGGAAGGCGAUGGCUGGCGAGACGCCCACGUGGUGGUGCGAUCCAGUGCGAGGGCGCAUCAUCCGCCCAAAUUCACCUCGGCCCUCCGUGGCACUUUCCGAGCCGAGAAGCGAGAAGUCGUGCUCGAGUGUCAAGUGGAUGGGUAUCCCGAGCCCGAAGUUGUUUUUCAAAAGUUGGCCGCCAGCACCGGGGACGUGGAGGUUCUCUCUCCCGAAAAGUUUUCCAUUGAAUCGACUCUUUAUGGGGAAUGGAGCCUUAGAUUCGACGCUGCUUCGAAACUUCCUCCCUGUGGAAAAUUUAUAGCCGUAUGCAAAAACAUUUACGGGGAAGCCAUUUCCGAUACUGUCGUGCAGUUUGACAGUGCGGGUUGGCAUCGGAAUCCUGUCAUCGAAGAAAUUGAAACGAUCGAAUUGGAAGUGAGUCCUCAGCUGGUCAGACUUCCCGGCGACGGAGCCGCUUCUCCGGAUAACAAACCAGUGGCCCGAAAGCGGAGGAGUCCCAAAAGGACCAUUCCUGCAGUUCAGAAAAAUGAGGAGAUUGUUCGAGAGGAUCACGAUCCUCUGCUUGCUGGUUCUCCUCCAAAACCAGGAACUAUCGCCGCCCGAGAGCACGAGAAAUGGUUGCACGCAGCACCGAUUCCGAACAAUCCGUAUUCCUCUGAAAAGCUGACGGAAAGGAUGACGAAUAAGGACUCUUUUGGGCUACUCGGCUCUGCCGAAUCGCUUCUCAAAGUCGACGAAAACUCUGACGGUCCAAGAAAAGUCAAUUGCGGUCCGAAAGAAAUUGAUUCCAGUCGUUACAAACGAGAUUAUUAUGUACCUGGGGAGGAGAGAAGCAAGAGGACUUGGGUUUUGAGUCCCGAGCUUCGAGCUGCCGGAAACCCGGUCACAUCCGCUGCCAGCAGCUCUGAUGAGCCGGAUGUCUCUGGUGUUGUUGCAGAAAAUAUUGCCAGACUAACGCUGAAAAGGCGACAGAAAACCCCGCCACCGAGAGCUUCUCCGUUGUUGGAAGAAACCGUGCAGCUUCCAUCGGUUCGUGAUCUGUCGAGGAAGUUCAGCUUCAAGUAGCUUCGCGUCGAAAAAGAAUAAAGGAAAAGGAGCUUGUUUUUUUUUUUUUGAAACCGUGUAUUCAAGUUUUGUACAGAAAGUUUUAUUCGCCAGCUUGGCCAGAUACCGGGGUCUUUCCAAAAAUAUCGCGAGUCGCAUGUAAACCGUAAAUGGAGGGCCGACAUAAUUUGUUUGCCCCCUCAUUCUCUUUCUGUAGUUCUGAACUUUUUGAACUCGAGUAAAUUUGAGAAAGGAAAUGUUGAUUGACGACGUAAUGGAACGCCCAUUUAAGAUUUUUUUUUGUGUAUGUGUGACCAAACUCAUGAUAAAACUUUUCAAACCUGAUAUUUAAUCUAUUCCCCUCCAAUCCUCCGAAAUUUCUAACGUAAUCCAGUAAUUUGAAAUUACCAACUCAACUGCGGUCAAAUCUAAUCUAUGAAAGUUCUUUUUUUUUCAGAUGCCUUUUGCAUUCUGUUGAAGGAUAAAAUCCCGACAAUAAAAGAUCAAUUUAACAGAGCAAAAUGAUUUCAUAUUUUCGCAGAUUAUGCAAGAGCUUAGUGCGUAAAAUGUAAUUGAAUUUUAUUAUUUUUUGUGGGAGGUCUUCAUUUUUAUUCCUUGCCAUCUUUGGCUUUUACCACUCGCAUUCUGGGAAGCAGGGAACUUGAGUGUCAAAAUCUGUGUUAGUGUUCCCCGGUUUCCCCGAAAAAAUCUUGAUUUAGGAGAGCUGGUGGCGAUUUUUCAAAAGAUUUUGCAUGAUGCACAGAAAAGUUACCACGUGGAAGAUUUUAAAAAUUCAGAUGCUGGAUAAAUGCAAGAAUCUAAGCUUUUGUAAGAGUACGUGUGCUUGAACAUCGGAAGAGAGUCUUACUGAGCAAGUGAAUUCCUGUUCUGAAGCUUCAGUUUUUCCGAGUUUUUUUUAUCCACUGCAGUUUGAAGAACCAAGAUUGAUCAGAAAUCAAAAAAGGUGGACAUUUGCCUCGAAUCGAACUGCUUCCAUUGAUUGUUGAAAGUGACUCGCGAAGCUUGGAAAGACCCGUGUAUUUCUUCUCCUGAGCAUAUCCUGAUCAUGAAUUCUUAGCUUUAUGAGAGUUGUAUUUCUGUAAAGGACAGGUUUAAAGUUUGUACCCCGAUUGCCACUCGACCGUGUGCCUGAAAAAAAUGAAAAAAGCAGUACCACACCAAAAAAAGGGAAAAAAUCUGUGUUCUUUCAGCCAUGGUUUUUGUUUUUGAAGAAAAAAAGAGAGAAAGGAAACGUCGCCGAUGACGCUCAGUGUUUGUGUGAAUGUGAAAUACUGUAUCCCCGCCCAGUUUAUUUAUUCAGUGGAAGCUCUUUUCAAAGCAUGUACAUUAUUUUUGGUCUGAAAAUGCUUCUUGAUCUGAAAUUCCCGCGAGGAACGUGACUGUUGCCAGGAGUUCACAUCCCAAAAAUUUCACGAAAUCGCGGAUUCGAUAUUUUUUUUAUUGCUGUUAUAUCGUUUUCGGUGAGUUUAAAAGGUUAAUCUGCGGUGAGACAUCUGCAUUCCUAAUUAUUCAGUUAAAAUUGUCGUGGCAAAUUCACUGUUCGACACCCGUAGUGAAUUCAGAAGCAGUUAUUUUUUUUUGGGUGCAGACUGUUGAGUCCUAAGAAAAAUUUGCCGGUUGAAAAAAAAAAUCGGAUGAGGGAAAAUGUUGGAAAUUAUUCGUAUUCCCACCGUUAACCAAAAAUUCGAGUCUACAGAAUGUUGAGUCGAGCUUCCAUAUCGUCCAGUUAUUAUGCUUUAAACGGCCUGUUUUUUUGUUUGUUUUUUCGCAAACCAAAUGGAUGCCAAGGAUGCGUAUCGUGAAAAAUAUUUAUUAUUCCGUCCAAGUUUCAUUGUUCGUGAAAAUAGUUCUGUUGAAAUGCGUGAGUUAUUAUUGAUGCAGCCGAAAUGGUAAUUAAAUGUUGGAACGAUGAA